ACCACCUGGCUAAAGUUUCACAGGAAAUAGAGCACAAGGUAGCGAUCCUUAAGGAGGACGUUAACGAGUUGAUUCGAGCAUGUCAAAUGGCUAAAGCAGGAGUUGUCAACAGUAACCUAUUAAAUAAGGAGGAAAUAAACCAACUAAUAAGCGAAAUCGAAGCCCUUCCGUACAGCAACGUCAUCGAAGCCAUCGAAUAUAGUGAGCCAUCAAUCUACACCAACGGCACCCUUCUACUAUACGUCUUGUCCAUGCCAAAAGUGGCGCAAACAAGGUUCAACCAUUUAAUCACACGAUCACUUUUGAGGGAUGGUCAUCGAGUCGACUUGAAGUACAAAACAAUCCUAAUGAACAAACAACAGACGUAUGGUAUUAAGGAUAGCUGUCUACACCUCGCCACCGCUAUGGUUUGCAAACAGGGGUCACUAGAUUUACUGCCUGAAGAGGGGUGUUUACCACGUCUACUCAAGGGCGGCCAAACAAGUUGUCGCUACUUAACCUGCAUGGAAACAACGGUUGAAGUACUCAAGGAAGAUACAAUAUUCCUGGAUAACUUCAACAGCAGUGUAUGUUCAGGUAAAAUAUCUAAACACCUGUCUGGUUCCUAUAUUCUACAGCUGAAGAACGAGACGAUAACGAUCAACAAUCAAACCUACUGGAGUACAAGCAGCUCAGGUGUGCAGGUGCUUCCAUCCGUGUUGUCUACAAUAACGAAUAAGAGUCUGGCAGUGAACCUCGAUCUCGUCCAUGAAAUGACGUCUGGAAACAUACGACUUUUGGGUUACCUGAAGGACAAAACUAACUGGUUUGCGACGUCUGAAGGUCUAGGACUUAUUUUGCUAAUGAUCCUAAUUUUCCUGAUUUGGAGAAAAUUGACGACAGGAGCCAAACUUCCUGAGCUAAAUUUGUCCAUACUGCAACAGAGUUCUCGAAACCGA